GCUUCUGCUAGCGUCACUCGAGCUGCGCUAUGCUUGGCGCGGCGUUGUUGCACACCACCUGAAUACUACCGUGCAAGGGCAUCGAUUAGAUCUCUUUCGGACGCCUGGCCAUCACCGCCAUCUUUCAUCCUGCCUCCUAAUUCUCGGUCGCCUGCCAGACAACCAGGCCAAGCUAUUGUUCGCUUAAGCUCCCAACUCUGUCAUCAGAGAGACUGACCCGCCUUCCUCGACUCCGUCGCGUCGCAUAGCGCCCGUUGUCACGUUGUGUAGAGAACGGCUUCUUAUCUGCUUUCCGAAAGAGAGUGCUGUGCAUGUGUUAUAUUCAAUAAAGAGGGGCCGAAAAAGUCAUCUUAUCAUGGAACAAGCUGCGCAGAACGCCGGACAGCAGCAAGGCAGACAGCAGCCCGUGUACGACACCAGAAAUGGUGGGCAUUAUGGCGCCAGUGCAGCGCUUUCAGCUCAAGGGUAUGCGCCUGUUGCCGAGCUUUAUACCGGCACAUGGGCAAAUGUCAAUCAAGGUUUGCAGGGGACAGCCCGUGAUAUCCUCACGACAUAUUGGCAGCAUAUCAUCAAUCAUCUCGAAUCAGACAAUCAUGAUUAUAAAAUACACCAGCUACCACUGGCCCGCAUCAAAAAAGUCAUGAAGGCCGACCCAGAAGUUAAGAUGAUAUCUGCAGAGGCGCCAAUACUUUUUGCGAAGGGCUGUGAUAUUUUUAUCACUGAGCUGACUAUGCGGGCAUGGAUACAUGCAGAGGAUAAUAAGCGGCGUACGCUACAGAGGUCUGAUAUCGCCGCGGCACUAUCGAAAUCUGACAUGUUCGAUUUCCUCAUUGAUAUAGUACCCCGCGAGGAGGCAACGUCGCAUGCGAAGCGAUCUAAUCAGACAGCUGGGACUUCUGCAGGCGUUGCUGGUCCUGCCGGGGCCACCGGCCAACUGCCACCGUCCCAACACGGUGUUCAGCAUCACAUGCCCCCCCCAGACUAUAGUUCUCUUGGACAACAUGGCCUUCAAGAUCAAGAAUAUCGACAGCCGACAAUGUAUGCCGGAGCUGUGCAGUCGGACCCAACGGCAGCCUAUGGCCAACACCAGCCUCAAAUGUUCGAAGGAAUGUACGCCGCCUAUCCGCAUCUACCCCCACAGCAGGUAUGUUAAAGAGCCUUUAUUGCCUGAGCUCUGUAUAAACCGCUCUUGAUAUGUUUUGUGCAUCUCUGUCUUCUCACUUUGACUAAUUCUUUGCGCGCGAGAAGUGAGUGACAGGGCAAUUGGAAGCCAAGUGCAGGCUGGGUAGCAAACUAAGAUAAUACAUGCUGCCGCGCCAUGACGUCGAUUCCGUUCUAUUGCUAAAGCCAUCGGCUAUGUUAACGUGGUGUAGCGAUUAUCCGUUGCAAACGCCACAAAUAUUUUGCGAAGCAGAUCUCAUACCCAAUUUCACUUAUGGAAUAUACUUUGUUCAUAUAUGAUUUUCUCCAAAGACAAGCAGCUUAAACCGUUCGAUGGUAGAAUAAAAUAGUCCAAAUAGUCGGCAUAGUUCAUGACUUCUUACCAAACCUUGAUGAGAGAGUGGUAAACUUAUCCGUCUUUACAGGACUUUGAACGGUGCGUAUGAUC